GUCAAGGUGGUAAUGCCCAGAUGCUGCCGCUACCCAUUUGCAACAAGAUCAACCCUUUUCGGGGCCAUCUCCGAGCUAAGCUCGCAGGCUUUUCAGCUCGCCCUUGACGGCGAAAGAUCUGCUGCAUUGUUUGUGGUGGAAAGCACUCGGCGAGGUUGAGUGUGUAUGGAUCAGAAGCGGCGCCGCAUCAUGGCUGAGUACACUCUCGACGACAAGGGCAGCAUCGCCUUCAGAAUCACAAACGUAUGGCAGGGCAGAUAGACGCAGGAUGAUGAAUGAUCCUGUUCAAGAUGAUGAGAUCUGUGCGUGUGCUAUAUAUGCAGGGCGUCACUGGGAGUGUCUGCAAGGUGGCGCAACUCGGAGCCACUGUGGUAAUACAGAGCACUAGCUGUGUGAUGACAUACAUGGGUGGGACUCAAUGCGCAUACAUACACACACAGAAACCCACAUGCAUGUGCCCAGGUGUCGUGGCGCGGCAAGGGAGGCGACGAGCGGCUCUUCGUCAGCACCAAGUCCGAGUUCACCAAGGGCAAGGCUGUCAGGGGCGGCAUUCCCAUCUGCUGGCCACAGGUGCGGCGGCAGCAGCACCCAUUGUGCGUCGGCUGCCACACUGUUUGUUUGUGUGUGGCUGUGCUGUGUCAGUUUUCCUCGUAUGGCGACUUCCCCAAGCACGGCAUUGCUCGCAACAACCUGUGGAUAAUGAGGGAUGUCGAGACGGACGCGUCGGGCGGGUCGGUGACGGCCACCUUCAUGCUCAUGGACGACCCUGAGGUGGCCAAGCACGUCCAAGGCAUCACACUCGGUCGGUGAGUCACUUCAGUGUGCCACGCAAUGCAGCAUCAGACAGACACUGCUGAGGGGUGAGGUGCGUGCACUCAUUGGGAGGGGGUGUUGUUGCUCUCUGCGUCAGAGUAUCGCGUGACGUUGGACGGUGAGGACAGGCUGAUCACGGAACUGGUUGCCCGGGGCCACCGCGACACGCCCCUCAAGACCACCGUGUGCCUCCACACCUACUUUGCCGUCGGCGACAUCAUGCAGACCUCCGUCGUCGGACUCAAAGGUGACUGACCGACCGACCAUUCCACCAUCGCACGAGGCGCCACCCCGUGUGUGUGCAGGUGCGGCCUUCUCGGAUCAGGUGGCCAAGGAGGAGGCCGAGCAGGAGUCCGAGGAGCUCACAUUCGGCUUCGAGUGCGACCGCAUAUACCACAACAACGCGACGGAGACGCUGGAGAUCCGUGACGCCAAGAACAAGCGCAAGUUUCUGGUGAGCAAGUCGCCGGAGCUGUCUGACUGGGUGGUGUGGAACCUCUGGAAGGAGAAGGCCCUCCAGAUGGCAGACAUGGACGACGACGGAUACUCGAAAUACGUGAGUGGAGUGCUGCCGGGGAUGGGGCAGGGGCAGGGCAGGGCAGGGGUCGUGUCGUCCGUCCAUCGUGUGGGUGGGAUGUGCUGUCUUGGUGCGGGGCAUGGCAUGGACUGCAGGUAUGUGUGGAGCCGACGCGGUACAGCCAGCCUGCUGUGAUCGAGGCGGGCGGGGAGUUCCGCUGCAGACAGACCAUCCAGGUGCUGCCCAUGUGAGCUAGCUAGACGGAGGACGGCAAGUGAUAGUGACUGUGGAGUGUGGCUGUGGGUGGUUGGUUAGUAGGGGGUGUUUAGCUGAGUAGGGAGGGGUUUACGUAAGUGUCCAUAGGGUUAUGCCUUCCUGUGUGUGCCGCACGGGUGGUUUCCUUCUAACUGUCUGCCGUUCGUGUGCAUACGAGAUCUGUGGCUGGUCGGGCGAGGUGAUUCCUCGACGUGCGUAGGCUGCUGGAUGUGAUGUGAUGUGAUGCGUCUGAGUUGAAUGUGAAUGUGUCUGCCAUGAGAUAGAUGCACGUGUUUCUUCCCGUCUGCUGCCGCCUCCUGCGCCCCGUCAAUUGCUCUGCACGCAAUCGCCGGGGCAUUCGAGGCGGAUGUGGACAGUGAGGGACACGUGCAUUGCGUGCCGAAUGGAUCUUGGUUGAGACACAGACAGACAGACGGACGGACGGACGGAUGGAUGUGUGGCGAGAUUCAAGUUGCUUCGUCGGCAACAACACGAUUUGACUCU